AUGCUAUAUGCGCUCGGCCUGGAAGGUGCAGAAGAUGGAUGGGCCAUCGUGCGCUCGACGCUCUCCGAUGUUCUCGAGACAGAUGAGGGACCCAUCGGAAAGGAGAUAUAUCGCUAUUUUACCAAAGAGACAAUGCCUUUCAAAAGCUUCUUGAAAAUGAGAAUGGGUGCCUCGUUCAAAAGUUCAAUGGCGAUCGUUGAAAAAGAGAUACCUAGUGUUCUCGCCAAAAAGUCCCCGUGGCUGCUUCAAAUCUCCUUGAGUGGCACGCAGGAUCCGCAACGCCCAGUUCUACCAGAGCAGGUUCACCCAGAAACUCGCAUUCGUGAAAACAAGGUACUGCAGGAGAGAUUGGCGGAUUAUGUUCGUCCGUAUGGUGCGCUUCCCGCGGCCGCGAAAAGACUUAAUCCCCACCCAGCACUCUUACCAUGGCAGUUUGUAAAAGAGUUGGAGACCUUCAACGAAGCCCUCGCCAUAGCUCUGAAUAACAUCAUCGAAAGGUGGUGGACAGACAAGGAGGCUGACCUACCCAGUCGAAUGCCACUGGAAGCACAUGUCGAGGAGCUCUUGCAAUGGGUAGAUAUGGCGACUGCAGAUGGUAUCAUGCCACGCUUCCAAGGCAACCAAGGCAAUCUUCGACCAGAUAUCUUGCUCCCAGUUACGGACCGGAAAAUCCCCGAAUUUCGUGUCUGUGAAAUCAACGGCCGGUUUCCGAUCAGUUUCCUCCACUACGUCGCAACGGCCUAUGAGGCACUAGCCGGCAGCACAUGGAAUACUCCCUUGAUCGAACCAGCCACUAAGCACAACGUACUUCAAGAGAGCCUAUUUGAUUUGUUCGACUCGGAUGGCCCCAUUCACUUUGUCAAGGAAAGUCAAACCUUCCCGUCCGAUAGCCCUCUGUUCGGUCUUAUCGAAGAACGAACUGGGGCAAGGCCGAGAACCGUCAGGCCUGGUGAUCUUCGUCUGCUGCCCAGUGCAGCCAGCAAAACCGGGUUCACCUUGUACUGUGUCUGGGGUGCAGAUCCCACGAUCAAAACUCCCCCUGGAUCUCUGCUGGAAGUAGAUGGUGAGAUGUUGGAGCCAGUGCACAUGGUGGGACUACAGCUGUACGACUUCGAGCUCUUCUCCCUAUCCCCCGAGAUGGUGCGACACAUUGCCGCGUGUUGCAGAAAUGACCCCCGGAGCGUGUUCCUGGCCCACGAUAAACGCAUCUUGGGCAUCAUCCUCCAGGAGCUAGACAGCCUCGUGGAUACGCAACGGGUAUUGUCUCCUGCACAAGCGCAGACCCUUCGGGAGCAUAUCAUCCCCACCGUCCUCCCCGGCACAGCCGAGUUCAGAGACCUCCUCUAUCACACCCACACCAACCCUGAGAUCAAAGACCAGUAUAUAAUCAAACCUGCCCGGGACGCCCGUGGAGCUGGGAUCCUGCUAGGAAGAAACCUUUCCACCGAGAAAUGGCAGUCGAUCCUAACCUGCAUGGAUAGCCAAGACAUCCAUUCGUUGGCGACCCAAUAUAUGCUGCAGCCCAUGCUAAACUUACGGUCGUUCGAAUGGUUCUGGGACGAAGAGCGCCAAAUGCGCCAGAGUCGCAGCGUAGGCACAUACUAUUCUGUGAAUGGACGUUUUGUGGGAUUGGGGAUGUGGAGAACAGGGGCAGUCUCGGAGGAUGUGAUUUCUGCUUCUACGAAGGACGCGACGUCUGUUUUAGCCGUGGUUGCUCUUAAUAGUUAG